UUGGUCGGAAAUGCCGUAGAUAGAGGAUAGAAUCAUAAGAACAAGAAGUCAAAGGGCUAUUUUUGCAAAUUUAAAGAUUUAAGCUUUUUCUGUGUUUCAUAGGUUGUCAGAUCUAUAACCAUUACAAUAUCAGCAGCCUGAUAGAAAAUUUAGCCAGUUAAUCUCAAUUCGUUUUCCCCAGAGAUAUAGUGAAAGAGAGGGAGAGGGUGAGGGAGAGAUCGAGCAAUAAGCAUCGCCAUGGACGCUCUAAGGAAGCAAGCAAGUAAGCUUCGAGAUCAAGUGGCCAAACAGCAACAGGCUGUGAUAAAACAGUUCAGCGCGAGUGGGUAUGAGCAUUCAGAUGUGGUUGUUAUUGAUGAGCUGGAGAUGCAAAGACACCAGCACUUGGAGAAGCUCUACAGAUCAACUCGUUCAGGAAAGGAAUUCCAAAGAGAAUUGGUUAAAGCAGCAGAAGCUUUUACAGCCAUAGGAUAUAAGCAUAUAGAAGCAGGAACUAAGUUGUCGGAGGAUUGCUGCAAAUAUGGAGUGGAGAACGCCAGUGAUGAAAUUUUGGCCAAGGCGGCAUCUAUAUAUGGUGAUGCACGUAAACAUGUGGAGAAGGAGCAAGAAGAUUUCACCAGGCUGUUAUUUUCACAGAUCCUAGAACCCUUGAGAGCGAUGAUAACUGGUGCUCCUUUAGAAGAUGCCCGGCAUCUUGCUCAACGAUAUAGCCGAAUGAGGCAAGAAGCAGAGACCCAGGCAGCAGAAGUUUCUAGAAGGCAAGCACGAGUAAGAGAAGCUCCGAUUCCCGAGAAUGUGACAAAGCUGCAUGCAGCUGAAAGUAGAAUGCAGGAACUUAAAGCAAACAUGGCCGUACUUGGAAAGGAAGCAUCUGCUGCACUGGCUGCUGUUGAAUCACAGCAACAAAGGCUUACAUUCCAGAGACUUGUUGCAAUGGUUGAAGGGGAAAGAACUUAUCAUGAGAGAGUAGCUGCUAUUCUACAUCAGAUUGAAGCUGAGAUGGUUUCCGACAAACAAAGGAGAGAGUCUGCCCCUCCUACAGUCCCGUCUAAUCUUUUGUCAGAUAAAACAAAGUACUUUUUGGCUGAGGCAACACACGCUUUUGAAGCUUCAUCUGAUAAGGAACUAAACUUGGCGGUCGGUGACUAUGUCGUAGUGCGAAAGGUGAGCCCUUCGGGAUGGUCGGAAGGAGAAUGCCGAGGUAAAAACGGCUGGUUUCCAUCGGCUUACGUGGAGAGACGUCAAAGGCUUCCUAGCGCUAAUGGAACUCCCGACUUUUACUGAUCCACAUCUCUUUACAGGUCUUUCUCUCACAGCGAAGCCACGUUAAAUUUGAUUUUUGGCAUUUCGUUCGUUUUUUUUCUAGUUCAUAGGGUUCUUGCUUUGACACGAUUAUAGCCGAUCAAUCUGUAAACUAAAUGGGUGUAUGUUGAAUUAUGCAAAUGAAUUGUCACUUUUUAUUCAAAAAA